AUGAUGAUUCUACCAGGACGUAGAUCAUCACAACUGUUCAUGGCGAUUGACGAUCAGCAAGAAGAAGAAGAAGACGAUCGCAGCGAAGGACUCCGCAAGGCGCUCUUGACGGUGGGCGAAGCCGCUACCACGUCCGACAUUAACGUGGGAUCGACCGUGGUGGCAGGAAACAACAUUCCCAAUUUGGGCAUUUGGCAAUUUCAAUCCUACGAACUACAAACAAUCUACGAUCAAGGCAUGAACGAAGAAACCGGUGCUGUCGAAAAACUACCACGGACGAGGCUGGAGGAUCCGGUACAACCUUCUAGUAGUUAUUACACCCGCUAUGUCACCUUGUUUUCGGAAAAGCAUCAUGGAGGCAAAAAUGGCAUGGGACCGGUCGUGGUGUCGCCCAACGAAGUCGAACUCAGCAGCAUGCAAACCGAAGUGGUCGACUCGGUUGUCAUGGCAUUGCCAUUGUUUGCAUUCUGGACGGCACUGGCCUUUAGUUUUGCCAAUCAAUACACGGCACGGACUGGAGGGACCUUUGUGGACGCAUUGUUUGGAAGAUAG